AUGCUAAAAACCCUGGAUUUCAACUCCGAUCAGCCCGGAACCAUACUCUCGACUUUGCUGGCCGCCAAACCUACCAGGCUCGAAAGAUUAUGUCUGGCCACCACGAAAUCCGAGACCCGAUGGACGAGCCCGAACGUUCCGAAGGCGAAAAAUCACUUAAAGCAGAUCACGACACUAAGUUUGCACGGGGCAAAUCUUUCAGAAGAAAACACGACUUCCUCGCUCAUCUCGAUAUUAGAUUUUGGUUCCAUCACCUCACUUACUCUGUCCAAAUGUAUUGGACUCCCCGAAUUCUGCACUCAGCUCAGUACCACUUUUGCGGAGGUUGGUUUGAGGUUGAGACAUCUCACCGUUUUGCCGGAUAGAGGAGAUGAACGUUCUUCAGGCCCAAUGCACUCCUUGCUCCAACUGUGUGGUAAUCUGCAAAGCUUGCAUUUGUCUGUGAAUGGCGAUGUCCGGGGUGCGGAGGCGAAGUUCCUACUUGAGUUGCCUCAACUCAGAGACUCUCUAUGCUCUCUAUCGUAUCAUCAAGGAGGUGGUCGCCAUGGCGUUGAUGAUAACGACGUGUUGGGCCAUGAGAUGGUGAUGGAGAUACUUGCAAGAUUCCCGCGGUUGACUCAGUUCGGAUAUAACAUCGCCAGGCAAAACCUAGAUGAGCCUGACCCCUCUUUUCUCCACCAGCUAUCCCAAUCUCUUCCAUCAGAUUUACGCAUCCUCCAUCUUUCGUAUACCACCGUGCGUUACGAAGGGCCCCAGCACGCCAGCUACAUAACUUUGCAUAACCUCAAGUUCGCCACGGCGCUCUUCGAAUGUUGCCACAAGACAAAGCCCAACCUAAAAUACCUUGUGCUAGGAACUCACGGUGGUGGGCUGGUGAGCGGACAUGGACGCACCGAGCGUGUUUACCAGCGACAACACUGCUACGUCAAAGGCUUUCAAGGCACAACGGGGCAGCCAGGAUCUAUCGUUGCAAUUCCCAUCUCAAACUCGCAAUUGGCCGGCAUGGAUCCGGAGGCCGCCGAGAUUCUGAAUUUCGAUCCGAAUGGGUAUUGGCGUGGCAGGUCUCCUGGUCGCUUCCACGAUUAG